CUUAUCGUUUUAUCGAUAGCAUCAGCCGGUCCUUUGGAUUGUUUACAAUUUGCUGGAAGACACAAGCUUAAACUUUGGGAUGCGAAACAACUAUUUAAAUGGAGGCUAAUAUCUACGACGAUUGCUGGGAGCUCGUGCAGAGUUUCCAGCGACUGGUGAACGAAGGUGAGAAAUGCGAAUUCGACGUGUUUUGCCGUUGCUGGCUGGAAUUAAAUAUGCAGCACCUGUACACUGCACAGUCCAACAACAUAGAGAUUGUGGCCACCACCAUAGCGGCUCUGCACGUAGCCAAGCAAUUGGCCUGCUCCCGACGCACCAACGGUGACUUUUUCAAGGCAACCCGGUGCCUAAGGGUUGCUGGAUUCUAUCUGCUGUAUGUGAUAUAUAAUAAGCAGCCCACGCACCAGUUCGUGAAGAUCGAGGUGGCCCAAAGGACAUGGCAGGAGUUAACCGACUAUGUCCUGCUGUUGCGGCAGGAAAGCCCAGACAAAUUAGAUACCCAGCAGGUGGCAUACAUGUUUUGGCGUUUGGUCAAUGAGCAAGCAUUCCGAUUUACAGCCCUAGACUAUAGUCUGGGAUUGGACGAUCUGGUGGAUUAUAAACGACUUGAAAGUAAAAUGGGUGCCAAGCAGCAAAAAAAGAAUGAUGUGCUCCUGAAGCAGCAGCGGCCCAAUAGCGUCAGCCUUAUCUACGAGCUGGAGGGCUUUCGGACACUUCAUCUGGCCACUGAGCCAUUCUGUGACUUGGAGACUGCCUAUAAUGAGAGGAAGAAACGUCUGGCGGGGCAAGAACUAGCCCUGCCACCUACUAAAAUCUUCGGUCAGCUGCGCGAAGUCUUUGGUGAUAUACAGAAGCUUUUGGGAGAAGAAAGCGACAAGGAACAGAAAGAACUAGACGAGCAGCCCAUGAGCUCCAAAAACCAACUGGAGGUGCGUCAACAGGUUAGAUACAAAGCCUUGUACGGAAAGGAACAGAGCGAAGAAUCCCGACAGGAUGAAGGAGAGGUGGAGUUGGAAGCACCAGAAGCUUACCAACGACGCAUGUCGUCAGCCACAGUUUUCCAGCACCCGUUGCCGGAGGAAGUGGAACGGGAGUAUAUGAUCAAUGACUCGACCGAAGACUGCGAAGAAAAUGAAGCAGAAGAGGACUUGAGUAUUAUAGAAAACAAUGAACAAAAUGAAGCUGAGAAACUUCUGCGUAUGUUGGAGGAAGAGGACUUUAUUAUUGAGUCUGAAAGCGAAAACUAAGUUGUAGUAUUUGGACAUAAUGCUGUAUGCUUAAUUAGAUCUUAAAUAAAUAAAUAUUUUAUCAAAA